AUGGAACUUGCUACAAAAAUUGCUGAAGAAUACCAUUGCGAAAACAAUUUACAUAUAAAAGACGAAAGUCCAUUUUUUAAAGCCUUGAUCAAUGAUAAUCUCGGAGAAUUUAUAUCAUUAACAAAUGGAGGUAAAGAGACAUCUACUUUAACACUUCAAUUUUGUUGCCGACAUGGUGCAAUUAAUUGUUUUAAUUAUUUACGAUCGGAAAGGAACAUAACAAUAGACUCUUUAUGCCUUUGUAAUUCAUUUAUUGGUGGAAAUUUAGACAUCAUUAAAGAAUGCUUGAAAUAUAAAGAACCUGAUUAUGAUGAUGCAGUGGAAUAUGCAAUUUUUUCUCAUGAUUUAGACUUAAUUAAUUUUUUGAGGGAUAAUUAUCAUUUAGAAAUUAGUCCGUAUUAUUGUGCCAUGCAUGUUAACCUUGAAGCAUUUUUGCUUUAUUAUGAAAAAACACACAAUAUUAAUAAAUGCUUUAAAUAUUCACCAGGAUUUGGUAUUCCUUCUCUUUGCGAAUUUUCCCUCUUGAAUCUUGCAAAUAUCAAUUCAUUCGAUUUCGAUGGAAAUGCACUUCAUUGCGCAAUAAAAUAUAAUCAUAUAGAUAUUGCAAAAUAUAUAAUUUUACACGGUAUUGACAUGAAUUAUAAAGUCAAAUUAUAUCAAACACCUCUUCUAUAUGCGCUAUCACAUAAUAAAAAAGAUUUUACUAAGCUUCUUGUUAAUUCUGGAGCAAAUACAAAUAUAUUGACAGAUGAAUUCGGCCAAUCUGCUCUACACUAUGCAAUAAUAAAUGAAGAUCAAGAAAAUGCAGCCCUACUUAUUUGGCAUGGUUCAAAUGUAAAUGCAAAGAAUCAAAAAAGUGGUGCAACGGCACUUCAUUUCGCAUCAUUAUUAAAGAAUAAGGAACUUUUGGAUCUUCUAAUUUCAAAUGGUAUUAAUGUUGAUACAAAAGAUUAUUAUGGAAACACUGCUCUUAUGAUUUCACUUUUAUUCAACUUUGUUGAACAUGUGAACUUUUAUAAGUCGUUCAGUGGGCACUUCGAUUAUCGUGAAUCAACAAAUAACAAAAAUAGUACGGAAGUUGUUGAAUUUCUUAUUGCUAAAGGUGAUGAUGUAAAUGUCAAGAAUAAUCAAGGAAAUACUCCUCUUCAUCUGGUUUCAUUAUUUUCUGAUAUAAUCCAAGCUAAGUAUCUUAUUUCUCAAAAUGCAAAAAUUAAUGAAGUCAAUUGA